GCAUAAAUCAGCUGUUUUUGUUUGCAUUUUUGACAGUAGCGCCCCUUCACGUUUCAUCCGCACUUUCCCCACACAUGCAGACGAUGCACCCUCGACUAGGUUUCGAUUAUGAAAUCAACACCGCGAAAGUUGUAAUUUUUAAUACUGUUACGUUAAAACGUUAAACGUCCCCCAUUCGUGUAGUGAAAUGUUCCGAAGGGUUGCGAAAUUUGCAGUCCCCGGAGCGGGCUUCAUCUCGGCCGGCUUGUUCCCGUUCGGCACCAACGAAAAUGACCGAGUGGAGCACACGCCAAUGCAAAAAAUGCUUGCCGAAGCGCCGGGCGAUAAACAAACCGGCAAGGAUCGACUCUAUCUGAUGUUCAGCAUCGACGAAUUCGGUCGGGUGUCCAGCGAACUGAACUCAAUCUACCAGGCGGGGUUUUUGGGCUUUCUCGUGGGGGCAUGCUACGGUGGGUUCGUCAAUUCCCGUGUGGCCUACAUGAACUUCAUGGAGAGGAAUCAAGCCACGGCUUUCAAAUCUAGCUUUGAAGCUAAGCGCAAACUUCAAGAUCAGGUGACCGUUACCUUCGCCAAGGGAGCAUUCAAAUGGGGCUGGCGGUUAGCACUGUUCACCACUAGUUACAUAGGCAUCCAAACGGUCAUUUCGGUCUACCGUGGUAAGUCAUCCAUCUACGAGUAUCUGGUGGCGGGCGGAACAACCGGUGCGCUGUACAAGUUCAGUAUGGGCCCGAAGGGGAUGGUUAGCGGUGGACUGGUGGGCAUGGCCUUCGGCGGUAUUGCCGGAUUGGCAUCGCUGGCCAUACUGCGAGCAAGCGGGACCACCAUGGAGGAAGUCCGCUUCUGGCAGUACAAAUGGAAGGCCAGUCGAGACGAGGCCAUCAACGAGAGUUUGAAGGUGCAAAGUUCGGAGGAAUCGGAUCAACUGUUGGACGGUCAUCAUAGAAAGUUUGGUGCGGCGAAUAUAACGCUGGAUAACAUUGCAGCUGGGCAGUCGAAAGUGGACAGUUCGGUUAGUCAGAAAGAUGUGCCUGUCACAGAGAAAACUGAGAAAAAAUAAAACAAGCUAAGGUAAAA